GGACGUGCUUUUUUUGAAUUUAUUUAUAUAUCCACUUGGAGGGGGUAUAGAUUAAACUAUGUAGAAACAGUACCUUCUCAGGUAAUGACAAGAUGAUCCAGCAUGGAUUUCAGGCAACUAUAUAACUCCCAAAGCUUACAGUAGUUGUCCAUUGCCUCGUGGUGGAAAUGUAGACUGGUCAGGGGGAUCUAGUCUGGCUGAGGGUCGAACAGGUAGAAGUCACUCACUACCCCAACCCUGUUGGGUGUGGAACAGUAUUCAGCAAACUUUUUCGGAUGUGGCAACAGCAACCAGACUGGGAAGCUGCAUGUCCAAAUGAUAGCCGCUUGCCAUUGAGCGCUCAAGCGAGAGUGAUUUGUCAAAUAUUUUGGGUCUUUGUACUUUGGCAUGUUGAGCUUCCGCAUUAUUGUUCUUGGCAUCCACGGUGCCUUGGCUAUGCGCACAUCUCUCUCCGAGGACGUGCCAGUGGCCAUUGAAGGAGUUCUCUCAACACAAGAUCUCAAGGUCAAUGGAAUGAAGACUGGUUGUACCUAUACCACACACGGCGUGAAGCUGACUUGCCGGUCUUCAGGGAAUCAUGGAAGUACUGUGGACAACGCCUUUAACUUUGUGGUGAAUUGCACGGAUCUCACUGCCUUUGAUCAUUUCUACAUUGAACCAGGGGAGUUCUGCGGUAAGAUGGUCUACACCCAGCACCGUUCGAAGAGCUCAUUCUCUCUUGGAGGGAGCAGGCUCAAGAUCGACAAAGGGACUGUGACCGACUUCACGUGUGUUCUUUUGCCAGUUCCUAUGGCAAAGAAGUCCACACAUCAAGACUGGAACCGGAUCUCCAUAACUGUCCCGCUCAUCGUCAGCGAUUCGGAACGCAGGGAUUUGGAUGUCGGUUUCGUUGAUUUUCGCACGGAGGACGCCUUGAAGGUGGACCCAAGUGAAUGUGAGAAGGCGGUGGAAGAGAUGUUUGAUUGGGAUCUACAGUUGAACACGUCCACAAGGGAUAAAUAUGUUCUUGAGUGGACGAGCCAGCCACGGCAAGUCGGGUUCUCCUCCCGCGUGGUGGUGGAGGACUCGAAGACUUUGCCGGUGAAAGCUACAAGUACACUGAAAGAUGUGAUGUUCAAAGACCUGGCUCCCAGGGUGGUCCACGCCAGCAGCGCAGCUGCCCAAGGCCAGGAUUUCGCAGAUCGAGUGAAGCUGGUGACCAAGGACAAGGUCCCAAGCAGCAAGAAUGAGAAGAAUGGCAAAACUCCGGAUCCUGAGAAACACCUAGAGGAAGUCGAGCUCCAUUUGGAUGCCAGCCAGCUUCCCAAGCGCACCAAAGAGAUAGAGGUUGCUGUGAUGUACGUCAUACCGACUGCUGGGACGAAGAUCAAGAAGCUCAAGCUCCAAGUUGAGAGUGAGAAGGAAGAGCAGCAGAAGGAGUCCAAGAAGGAUUCGGGCUGCUCCACCUUUCGUUUGCCGCUGGGCCUUGGCCUCCUCGUCCUUUACACCUGGCUGGACCUUGGUGCAGUUCCGUAAGUUGGUGGGCGGGAAAAAGACGUGCAUGGAUUCCGUUUCAGAUGAUUUCCAGCAGUCCUCACGGUUUUCUUUUUUCCGACAAACCCAUAGUGACCAGAUCAAACGCCGUCAGAAGAUGUCAAAGCCACUGACUGGCGCUUUUUCGCUUGAUUCCGUCUCUUGACCCUUCCUCUCGUUCGCAUCCGUUCGCACCCAGGCCUCGGCGCCGGAGGAGUUCCGGAGGAGUUCCUGG